AUGCCACAAAAACCUUUCUCAUUCUGGGCUAUGCUGAAAUAUGAGGGGAAACAAUUUUGUUUAAAUACAGCCCUGCAUGGGUACCGAUUUAUAGUUCUCCCUAAACGGAUAUUACUUGAACGAGUUUUUUGGACUAUUAUUGUCACAAUUUCGCUGAUUUCUGCCGUGGUUUUGUUACUAAUGGCCUGGAUUAAUUUCCAAGAAAAUCCGACUUUGUUAGUCACAGAUUCGACUCAUUAUCCGAUUUGGAAUUACCCGUUUCCWGCUGUAACCAUUUGCAGCUUUAAUAAAAUUUUGAAAAGCCGGGCUUUAGCUCUAGCUAAAGAACUAGACAAAGCUUAUGGAAUAACGGAUGAAGAACUAGCAAAUGAUCUUCGAAUCCUGUUUCAACUGAUUUACAACAAUAAUAAAAAUAUCCCUCAGAGGAAUUACUCCCGGCUUCAGGACAUUUUAGAUUACAACGAGUACCCUAUUGAAAAAGUAAUGAAACACCUCGCUCCCACAUGUASCGAAAUCCUGCAACGUUGCAAGUGGAAAGGUGAGGAAAAACGGUGCGAAAGUCUCUUCGAACCGAUCAAAACCACCGAAGGCUAUUGCUGCUCGUUCAAUUACUAUGCUCUCAAAAAUCACACUUUUGGAGGAGCUUUAGCUAAUAAAAUCCCCCGGAACCCCCGAAGGGUCUCAGCUUGUGGCUACUUGACAGCUCUUGAAGUCCUCGUAAAUAGCUACCCCGAAAAUUACUUCGCAACCCAAAUAGCCGCCAUAGGACACAGGGUGCUCAUCCACAACGCUUAUGUUUAUCCCGACUGGGGUGUUCAGAAUCUACUGACGGAGAAAGGGAUCAUCAAUAUGAUUGGAGUGACCCCCACCAAGACAUACUCCACUGACAGCGUAAGGGGUAUAGAUGUCUCCAAGAGGAAAUGUCUUUUUAAUAAUGAAACCCAGCUUCACAAUUUCGCUCAAUAUCAUUUCCACAAUUGUAUAAUCGAAUGUAGGAUGAACAUAAGUCGGCAGYAUUGCGGCUGCAUCCCUUUUUACUACUACCACGAGACCGGGACGUACCCCAAAACCCGCAUUUGCAAUUUGAGGGAUAUCCAGUGUUUGACCACCCACAGAAAGCUGCUGAUGAGUUCAGUCCCGGGGUACGACUUUUCUCGGAUUAAAAACGACCACAACUGGGGUACCGAGCUGCAAAUUUGUAGCCAAUGCCUCCCCUCUUGCGAUUACGUCCACUUUACCAGCGAAGCUUCGUCCGGAGUUUUCACAAGGGAGUAUUCCAGCAAUCAACUGAAUUUAUAUGGGGGUAUCGUAAUUAAAGAUCAGAGUGUAGUCCGGGUUUAUUUCAAUGAUUUGGUAGCAACGAAAAACAGGAGAGACGUUAUUUUCAGCUGGCACACGCUUCUCGCGUUCUACGGAGGCUUGUUGGGGCUUUUCACAGGAUUCAGCUUCGUUUCGGCCAUAGAACUCGUCUACUUUUUCACAACUCGGUUGUUUAUUGAUGUAAAACAAAGGAAUGAGAUUGCGAAUAAGAAAAGAGAUAGUCAUUUCGUGCAGGUUAAACCGCACAAAGAUGAAAUUCUUAAUCCGAAACAUCUAAUGACAAAUUACAACAGAUUUAAUCUGAGGCGAAGGAGCAAUUCGAACUCUUAA